AUGGUAAUGAUGCGCCACGUGCUGUGUAUCCUCGCUCUCCUGCUCUCAUGUGCGUGUGUGCACGUCCUCGCUGAAGAAGUGCCUGCCGCCGAUCUUUCCGACCAAGUCCCUGAUACGGAGAGUGAGACAAAGGUUCUCCUUCAGCGGCGUGAUGGUGAUAAUUGCCGUGAAGGUUCUGGAGGUUCUGAUGACGGUGAUUCUUGUGCUGAGGCUGCUGCUCCUGCUCUUGGUCCUGGUGUUGGUGCUAAAGGGCCUAACACCAUUGGUCAUGAUCAAUCUGGAGGUGGUCUACAGCACGGUCCUGGCGGUAGUGCCCUAUCUUCUCAGGCGAGUGGACUGGGUAGUCAAGUUGAGGUCACUACUACUAACCCUACUAAACACGAGAGGGAGAAUGGGGAACGUGGUGCGGAGGGUGCUGCAGAGGGAGAAGUGAAUUCUGCAGGAAACGGUCAAGGAAUUCAACAGCAGCAAGAGAGCAGUCAAGAUUCAAUACGAAGUGAAGAAGCUACUCCUGGGGUGAAAGACAACUCAAUUUCACCACCUUCACCACAGCCACCUCAACAAACUGAUGAUACAUCCAAUGACAGUAGCGCAGUCAACACCAGUGCAGCCAGUGGAGAAGGUACAGGUGCACAAUCAUCUCCUACUUCUGCAUCUUCUCAAACUGAUGGAACUGCAGAUGGUGGUAAUUCUGCAGAGACAUCAACGAAUAACUCAACGAGUACGAACCCUGAAACUGACAAUACAUCCACUAAUGAGGAACCAACCACCACAACAACAACAACACUUCCUCCUGAACUCACAAACAACAAGAAGGGUGAUGCAGACAGCAGCAGCAGUAUCAGCAGUUCUGUGUGGGUGCGUGUGCCACUACUGUUUGUGGUUACACUGUCCUGUAUUCUUGUGUGCUGA